ACACUCCCAGGGUACAACUUCCGUGGAGAGCACUAGGCUUGGUGAACUUAGAAAAUGGCGGUGUGCAGGGCUUAGCGUUUGCUCAGGUCGGCGUGUUCGUCUUUCUGUUUGGAUAAUCUCUGUAUUUACGUUGCUAACUUAAUUUUGGCAAGUGACUUUGGAGCAUUUCGCCCUGCACAUUUUUGUAGUACGUUUCAUGUUGAACUGUCAGAGUUAGAAGAGGACUUUCGACUCGGCUUCUCCCCUCGGGGAUAAUCGUACCGGAGCCUAACAAAUUCCAUAGAGGGCCGUGAAGACUUUGGAUGUAAAGAUGACCAAGCAGAAGCAAUUUCCUUGAAGAUCAUGAAAGAAGCAGCAACUCAGUAGAGUAUUCUGGCGAUCAGGAUUAAACAAGUGUCAGGAAUCUGGGAUUUAGAGUUGUAUUUACAGACUGAAGCAAGAAUUGAAGAGGACUGAAGACACCACAAGUCAAUAUGGAAAGGGGAAGGUUUAUGAGGGAUAGAGACAUGGGGAGAGGGAGGGGGAGAUGGAAUGCAGAAAGAGGGAGUCCUGCUAGCCCAAGAGGUCGUUUCCGUGGAGGAGAUCGAUCCAAUUGGGGCAACCAUGGUGGUCGAGAUCAUCGAGAACGUAAAUUCAGAAGUCCUCAGGGUAGGAGAUCACGAUCUCAUUCUCCUCAGCGGAAAAGGGUUCGCUCUAGAUCAUCUUCUAGGUCUCGCUCCAGGUCGCGAAGUGACUCUCCCAGAAAUAGAAGGAAUUUCAGCCGUAGUCCUUCUCCAAGGAAUCGAGGGAGAAAUGUAAGUGGUUCCCGCAGCAAGACGCCACCCAGCAGGCAACAUGUACAGACUUCUUCUGGCUAUGCUCAGCAGGUACAUCAUUCUUCAUCGUACACCUCGUACAAUGAGGAUCCCUAUCGUGGUACACAUCCUCCGGGAGUUGACUCACCUGUAGUUCGCCAACAAUAUCCUGCACCAUUCCAGCAUCAGACAAUUGCUCCUCCGGGAAUAACAGCACCUCCUCAAGGGCACCCUCCAGGGCCACCUCCAGGAUACCCCGCCUAUGACAGCUACUAUCAGCAUCAACCACCACCUUCACUUUACCCGCCAGGAGUGAUGGAUUAUAUGACAACGCAGGCCACAGCACCUUCCUCGAUGUCUUGGUCUGCUCCUACAUCUGCACAUGUUGCUGACAUCGUGCAUAAUAGUUCUGCACCCACACCUGUCCCAGUACCUGUUCCAAUGCCUCAAGCCCAUGAUUCAAAUCUCAGUGUGCCUCCACCUCCAGGAACAGCAGAUGAAUCUGUCAAGCAAGAAGCUAUUGAACGUGAACAGCGCACUCAGAAACAACAUCUGCUGACUCAACGUGAAGAUUACUUAAGGAAGGCAAAAGUGUUUGAUCGAGAGCUAGGAUUGCUUCGGGGACAAGAAGAAGAACUGUCAUCUGAAAGCUCUCGAGAUAAUGAAAGGAUUCUUCUUGAAAACCAUAAACUGCAGGUUGAGAUCCAAAAUAAGUUGAAGGCCAUCCAUAAUGUCAUUGACAUGCUGACAGGGAUAAUUGGUGACAGCAAGGAGCAAGCUCAGAGAAAGAUUGAACUUGAUGGAGAGAAGGCUGCUAAGAAGAAGGGCAGAGAGGUGCGUGAACGUUCCAGAUCAAGUGGUAAAGCUCAAUCACGAUCAUCAUCAAGUGACUCAUCCGCAGAAGAAGUUAAACAGAUAGAGAAACCUGACAGCACAUCUCCGGAAGAAGAUUUUCAAAAGUACAAUUAUAUUCAUUUUGACCCUGAAAAUCAUUGGUGCAGGGUUUGCAAUGCCUUUCCCCGUACUGCUAAGGAAUAUUUGCAUCAUUUGCAUAGUGCAGAUCACAAAGAUCAAAUAACGGUACGUAAGUUGGUAGAUAUGCCUUGGCACAAGGACCACCCAGCUGAGGAAGUGCCUCAACUCCCUGGAGCUCCAACCAAGAGGACUCCUAUCAAAGGAUUGCAGUUCUUCAUCUCUGCUCCAGCUUGGUACUGCAAACUGUGUGCUGUCUGGAUGGGUGACCUACACUGCGCUUCUAUUCACUUGAAGUCCAAACAACAUGCUGCCAAGUAUCAUGACUACCUCAAGGAAAACUCAGGAUGGGAGUCCAACUGGCUAUCAGAGAGGGAGCAAGCUUAUGAGCGCCUUUCGGAGGUUAAGAAUGACAAGAAGUCAGAUGGGCAUCAGGUAUCAAAAGAAAAAAAGUCAGACUUUGCUGAUCCACCUGCUAAAGAGCGUCUCUCUCGACUUGAAAGGAGUGAAAAAGCUGAGCCUAAAGCUAAGAAAAGGGACCGCUCAUCCAGUGCAUCCAGCUCUGCAUCCGCUGAUCGCAGUCAAGACAUUGAAGCUACUGGUGGCUGGGUAAAAGAGCGAGUACGUGAAAAUGAUAAGGAUAGGGCCAGAAUGCGAGAAAAGGAGAAGGGUAGAGAAAAAGCUCGAGGCAGAGAGAGGGACAUUAAUGAAUGCGAUUCUGAAACUGAUAAGUCAAAAAGUAUCAGAGUGGCUAUGAGGAACAAGGAAUCUCGACACAGUAUUGAAAAGUCAUUUGUGGAACCUACUGAGCAAACAAUGGUAGCAUCCUCAGCUCAACUGAAAAGUAAAUGGGAUUCACCUGAUCGCAAGAAUGGAACUAGUCCGUCCCGCACAGCCACAGCUGGUCGCCAUCCUAACGCUCCAGUGGAUGAUCGCAUGAUGAGAGAAUGGCUCCCUGUUGAAGAACCAGGCAAUCAGCUCUUAAGCAAUCUGAAGGACCGUAUGAAACGCAAAAAUGUUGACAACCACAAAGAAAGAGAGCCUGACAGAGAGUCGAAAGGAGACAAGGACAGAACUCGUAGGGACAAAAACUUUUAUCCGGAACCUCAGUAUGGUAGAAACAAGUUUUCUGGAGAUGUUACCCCACCAAAAAAUAGAAGAUCAAGAGGAACCAAUGAAGAUACAAGAUGGGAUUCAUCUGCACGAAGUGGAGGAGCAAUGCGAGAAAGUCCUCCCCCUCACCGAAGAAUGAAUGAGAAAAACAGGGACAGAGAACGUGGAGAUCGGCACAGAGAGAGAGACCGAGAUGGAGACAGAGAUCGUGACCGUGAGCGGGACAGAGAUCGAGAUCAUGAAAGGGGGCGCGACAGGGAAAGAGGAAGAGAUGAAGAUGUGCGACACCCUCCCCAAAGAGAAGAGGAGGACGAGGAAACUCACUUUGAAAAGCAGAGUGGAGAAUAUAGGAAAGGAAGAAAACAGCAACAACCGGUUCUUACAAUUAAGUCCAAGUUACCAUUCAUAGGACGAAUGCCAGUAUUCAAGAACUUUUCAAAGAAGGGUAAUGAUGACAAAUCCAAGUCUGAUGAAAACAUGUCGCCACCUCAUGGUGCUAACAUGUCUCCUGGCACUACAGACUCAACUCCUGGCAAACAUAUGUCUCCAGGAAUGGGUGCUUCUAGUAUAUCCUCUACACCAGAUGGAACCUCAUUGAAAGAGCGUAUCAAACAGCCUAUACCAAGUGCAGCUCAAAUCAAUGCUAGCAUAAUGGAAUAUCAGGCUAGGCUUUUAGAUGGCACUGCAACACUGGAGCCCCCAACCCUUAUCAACCCUGUUUCUCUAUCAGGCACUCCCAUGCCCAAGUCUACUUUAAUAUUGUCAAAAACACCAGCUGUAUCCAUAGAUAAUUUAAUGAAAAACAACAAAGAUUCUGACAAGAAGCAGGCACUCAGGAAGCUUUCCGAACAGAUGCAAUUCAUGGAGAAAGUUCAAUCAGCACCUGCUACUACCGAGGCUGUGCCCAUGGAACUUGAAGAGGAGGCUGAAAGUGGUCCAGGCCUUUCCAAAGAUUUCCAGGAUGCUUUGGAAAUAAUAUUCCCUGAUCCGAGCAAACCACCAGAACCCAAGGUGGACUCUGACGUUUCAGAUUUACCUGAUGUAAAGAACCCACCACCCAACAUGCUGUCAACCAUGCCAAAUUUGAGUAACCCACCCCCCAAUAUGAUGGCUACCCCAGCCGUCCCUCACAUGGGAAUGGAUGGAAUGUUCGCGCCUCAAAUGAACUUGGAUGGGACACCAAAUCUAAUGGGAUCCAUGCCCCCAACAAUUGGCAUAAGUAUGGAUGCAUCAAGCCAGAAUGCCAGCCAGACCGCAGUCCCAGGAACACCAGUGGGAAUGGAUGGAAGCAUGCAGCCUGCACCCAUGGGGAUGGCUAUGUACGACGGCCCUCCUGGCACCUACCCAGGAACUUACCCACCAGGCCCGAUGGGACCAAUGGGUCCGAUGGGGCCUAUGGGCCCUAUGGGUCCUAUGGGUGGUCCAAGAAUGGGUUGCCCACCGAUGGGUGGCCCCAUGGGCCCUCCACCUAUGGGUAUGCCCCCAAUGGGCAUGCCUCCUAUGGGACCUCCACCUAUGGGCAUGCAACCUAUGGGAGGUCCGCGCCUGCCAACCACACCUGUCAAGAACUCAAAGUUAGAUGCAGAUGAUAUGGCAAUGUUAGGUAUUGAUGCUGAUGAUAUUGGUGCACAAGGUAUGUGAGUUGUCAUACCUUAUGAUUGUUAAUGAUAGAGUUACAUCCGAGUGAGGCUUUAUGAAGUAUGAGAGUUAACAUCUGUGUGUAAUGUUUUAUAUUUUUGGAGACAUAAUUGUGCAUUUGAAAAUGUCACAUUUAAUAACUCUUAAUGUUUAUUCCAAUCUUAUUUGUGUUAUGUUUAGUUUUAUGUGGUACAAUUGCCAUUCUGUAUUGUUCACAUAAGUUCUGUAGUAACUACAUAAUUAUGGUAUCAAUUUUAAUUCACCUAAAUGGUUUCAGCUUUGUAUAGUAGAUUUGGAAUUUGUAAUUAAAUGGAAAUUCCCAAACCA